AUGGCUGAAAAAGAAAAGGCUCGAUUGCGCCGCAAUACGUCCCAGGAACUGCGACCUCUCAUACCGUCUCAUAUACUUGAUGAGGCUACCCAGAGACUUUUUGUAUUGUCACUAUUUGUUUUAAUUCAGAGUUGGAAGCUUUAUGAUGUCACGUUGCUAAAAUCAAAUGCCUUGGCAGAAUAUGCUUUGACUCCAUUGAACAAUUUCUCGUUUGUCUUGAAGUAUGCUAUCAUAGAUGGCCUCUUCUUGUGGCUCUUGCCAGUAUUGAGUAUCCAGUACUUGAUCUUUUCUCCCUUGAAGACAUUGUUGUUUGCGCUCUUGCUCAAUGGAGUGACAUUUUUCCUUGUAAGCAGCGUACCGGGCCCAUUAUUGGGAAGUAUAUUCAUGCCGUUAUGGAAAUUGGUGUUCCAGAACAGGGAAUUGACCAUUGUAGGGGACUCAAUUGACUUGAACUCUGUAGUGGAUAUGGAUUCCCAUUUCAAGGGUAAACUCACCAUUCAUUAUUUGCCUGAUUCUUCUGCCCGAAUGAAUCCUUUCCAUUUUGAUCAGCUCUGUUUGGACCCUAAUCAGAUUCUAGAGAUGCCAGUAGAGUUCAAUACAACCACCGAUAUUGGCUACUUACAAAUUGAACAUACUGCGGUCAACAAUGAAAUCAAGAAUGUGGACUUCAAAGGUCACUCCCUACGUAGGUUAUUGAGAGGAGACUACCGUUAUUUAUCCAAGUAUCCUGAGUUCAAACGAGGCGACGAUCGUGUCUUCUACAUCCUGUUCCCAAUCAGCGAGCCUGGCUCGUAUAAGAUCAAAAGCGUGACAGAUUCAAAGGGAUUAAGCAUCAGAACCUACAAGUCCGAGUUCUUGAUUUCCAGCUGUCCUAGAGCCCAAUUUUCAUAUCCACCUAAUUUCGACGAUUCUAAGAACUACAGAUGUAUAAACAGUAAACAGGAUGAGGACAGUUUGCAUAUGCCUUUAGUUGAGUCCUUCGGUGUAACUCCUAUGUCAGUAUUGAUCUCUUCAUCUUUGAAUGGAAAAUUCUACAAAGAAUUCAAUGUUACAAUAGGCGACAAGACAACGUCAUCGUCCAGCAAAGAUAUAUCGUGGCUAAAAGCAUAUCAGAUCAGCAGAAAUACAUUGGAACAAGAAAUCUCAAAGGAUAGUGACUUUUUUUCCGUAGCAGGAGAAGGAAUAUUGAAGUUUCAAUUGAUCGAAAUAAGGGAUUACUUAGGAAACACCAAAAGGUACAACCCCUUAUCAGAUGAAAAGGACAUCAGAUUUGAAUAUGAAUUAAAGAGAGGCCCAAAAUUGCAAAUUGUUGACCUGGAUUCAGUUACAGAGUUGCUUCUUGAUGACAAAAAGACAAUCAAGAUAUUGGGCACCGAAUCGUUGAAAGAAACUGAUUUUCCAUUAUCUGUAACUAUCGUUCAUUUACUUAAUACAGCAACAAAUAUAACCAAAGAGUUUACCAAAAGAAGUGAUCUUGAUCACGGUAUUCAGAUUUCUCAACCGGGUAUCUACCAAUUGUUGGAAGCCAAGACUAGGUAUUGCGACUGUGAACUUGUAGGACAAGCUGUGAAUAUUACCGUUGCUCAGCCUCCAACAGUUGAUAUUAAUGCUACACCUAUUUCGGAUAAGUGUCUCGGAACUGUUGGUUACACUUUUGAUCUUGAUUUGUCUGGAAAACCACCUUUUCAAGUUCAAUAUCAUAUUUAUACGAGACAGUCCAAUGGGAUCUUGAGACCUGUUCAUAGCUCGAAUGGAAAAUCUUCCAGAUUAAUCAGAACAUUGGAGAAGAGGCAUUCUUUCACUUUCCGUCCUCCAGCAGAAGGAAACUACGUGGUCGUUUUCAACAAUCUCAAAGAUCUCAACUACAACCAGAGACCUGUCGUAUUGGAUGAACUGAGAUUUACGUAUCUGACAUACUUUAAGAAACCGUCAAGAGUAUCAUUUUUUGCGGGAAAUGCACAACAGAAAACAAUAAACACGUGUUUUGGAGAAAGAGCAAAGAUUCCACUAUACUUUGAAGGCAAUGGUCCAUUCACAUUUAAUUAUGAUUUUGUCGAUGUUCGUACAGGUCAAAAAUUGGUCAAUACAGUCACAAUAGAGGAUAUACUGUCCUAUGAAAUCGAAGUACCAGAAUCAAUUAAAGGAGGAAAGUACGAAAUAAAGUUAUCCAAUAUUACAGACAAGGCUGGUUGUAAUGCCAUUUUGGAUGAAAGAGAAAGAAUCAUAAUCAAUAGCAGAACCGACAUACCAGAGGUUCAAAUCAAUAAUGAAGUCAGUCAUUUUCAGAUUGUGGAAGGUGACUCAGUUGAGAUUCCAAUUAAAAUCAAAUCUUCUGUUGGAAGAACCAACAACGACAAGAUUGAAUACGAUUUUAUUGAUCUUUUCGAUAAGACCAAGCGUACUAGAAGAUCCUUACAAGGCAAUAGACCACUUCGAGUUAAUGCAGCCGGAGAGUAUUCACUUGCAAACUUUGAAAAUGGAGGGUGUAGCGGAAAGGUUAUAGGCCAAGACAAGAAAAUCACUGUGUCUUACUAUGAUAGACCAAGACUUGUAGUUUCCAGUCCUAAGGAAAUGAAGCAACAUAAAGACGAUUCUGCCCUUCAUUUACAACCAAUCUGUCAAGACUGUAAGAACCAAGUGCAAAUCACCCUUGAAGGAACCGUGCCAUUUGUCGUUGACUAUGAAAUUAGAUAUCCAAAUGGAAGAGUAGAAACUAGAUCCAUGAAUGUGGCUUCUCGUCAAUUGAUGAUCGACUUACCAACUGCUCACAGUGGAAGGUACGAAUAUGCGUUCAAGGGUAUUUAUGACAACUUGUAUACAAAAGAAAAAGUUCGGAAUUUCCAUCAGAAAUUGCCGAGAGUCUUCUACGAUGUCAACCCUUUGCCAUCAUUGGAAUUUGACCAAGAACUUCAAAUUUCUCAACUUUGCGAGAAUAGAGUCAGACCUGGGAAGCCUCUCGUGAAAAUACCUAUUCAACUCAGCGGUUCGUUCCCAUUUAAGAUCAAUGCCACAUUGACACAUGCGGCUACUGGUUUAAAGGAAACAUUAAUUUUUUCAAAGGUUACUGAAAACUCCAUUGUUGUCAAUGGUAAUAAGUCUAUCAAGGUUGGUGAACAUAUCUUAACCAUUAAUGAAGUAACUGAUGGUAACGGGUGUUCGAAAAAAGAUUUCCUUCCUUCAAACAAUUACAUUAUAGCAAUAACCGAAGUUCCAAACAUCUUCAAUAGCUACCCGACCCAGCAACAUUAUUGUGUUGGAGACCACAUUGCAUUCAAGUUGACAGGUGUGUCACCUUAUACCGUGUACUACAAUUUUAACGAGAAGUUGCAGAAGGCUGAAGUGCCAUUUCUUUUCCUGAGAUUGGCUUCCAAGCCAGGAUUCUUGACUAUCGAUGCUGUUCAGGAUUCUUCAGCUAGUAGUUGUUUGGUUAACUUUACAGCUCUUGGUUCACCAAGAGAGGAUUUGAAACUACAAGUUCACGAUUUGCCUUCUGUCGAAGUCAAUAAAGGUGAUUAUAUUGUUGAGGAUUUACAUGAAGGAGAACAGACAGAAUUGAUUUUCAGAUUCUUUGGGGUUCCACCAUUCACUGUGACAUACGUUAGGACUACAGAAUUAAACGACAAGAAGCUGAAGAAGAAGGCUGAAGCCAGAAAGAUAAUAGAGACUCAUACCAUUGACAAUAUCAUGGAAUAUGAGUAUACUGUUUUGGCCAGUCUUGAAGGUACUUACGAGGCCAUUGUGAUACUGGACGCAUACUGUACUGCCAGAAGAAGUCUAGAAUAA